GCUCUUUAAAUGCAUUAGAUAUGUGACAGGCUCGGCACAAACACAUCAAGAGGCAAGACAGACAUGGAGCAGGGAGGAGUGGCAGUGCCACGGGACAAGAUGCAGGCCUUGAGGGAUCAGGUAGAUGAAGUCAAAGACAAGAUGAAGGAGAAUAUGGAACGAGUCAUUGAACGUGGAGAAAAGGGGCUCGACCUGCUCGCCAAGGCAGAGGAAAUGGAAAAAGGGACUCAGCACUUAACGCAAACGACUCGGAAAGUGGCUCGCACAUACUGGUGGAAGAACGUCAAGAUGAUCAUGGUCAUCGUGGUGGUCAUCCUCAUCAUCGUGCUCAUCAUCAUCCUGCUGGCCACCGGAGUCAUCCCUGUCAGUGACCCUAUGCCUUCUGUGGUCACUCCUAUCAUCAAGCCAUAAGACAGACAGACAGACAGACACACACACACACAUACACACACACACACACACACACACACACACACACACACACACACACACACACA